UUCUUAUUCCCAAAUGUGCUUGCAAAUCAAUCACCAAUUGCAAUGAAACAUUGCAUUGAAACAUACAAACUAGACUACUAUUCCUUUGCAACAACAACAACAACCGUAUGAACGAAUUCUUCCAAAAUGUACCCUCAACCACACUACCAAUCUCAACCCUUCAAUUCACAAGAACAACAACAACAACCCUACUAUUCAGAUUCUUCGCUUCAUCCUCCCGGAACUAACCCAAUUGCAAAUUCAACACCUUUUUCUGCUUACGCCUCCCAAACAGCAGAUUAUCAGAAUUGGGUCGCUCAACCAUCUGAACCCAUCGGUUACGAUCUCGGGGGCAAUGCUGGUGGUUCAGCAUACGAGACUUCUGCGUGGAAUGCUACUUGGCCACACCAAAUUUAUGGUAAUGAGACUACAUCAAUGUUGCCUAACCGAUCCAAAUUCACCCAAGCGUUGAGGUGUGAAGUGUGUAAAAUUGAUGUCAAUAGCAAAGAUUCAUAUGAAAAACACGUAGCUGGAAAGAAACACCAGAAGAAUUUACAAAGUGGCGCAAGCAUCCAAGGACAGGCGUUAAUCGGUCCUGUAGUCCAGCAAUCAGCGAUUAAGAAACAGGUGGAACAGUCAAAGAUUUGCACAACUUGCAAUGUUUUGUGCACAUGUCACGACACAUAUAUCAAACAUAUUGCUGGGAAAAAGCACACAGCUCAGGUUUGCUUGAUGUCUAAUGGUGGCAUUGGUCCAUCUAUUGCCGAAUUCAAGCGUAUUGGAGUUCCUCCGUUUCAAAAAGCUGCUAAGAGACUCAAGGUUGCUCAAUCUGCAUGGUGUGAAACUUGUAAGAUUAAUUGUAACAGCAGGGAUAUGUACAUUACACAUUUAGCCGGAAAAAAACACUUGAAGAACUUGGAAAAACUGUCGAAUCCGAAAAUCGAAGUUGGCACAAGCGCCACUGCCACUGCGACAAUUACUAUAAUCGGACCACAGGAAAAGCCAGGUACUGAUAAUCCAAAAGCAAGGAAGGCAUCGGAACUUGCUAUCGAGUCAAAGAAACGUAAAAUUGUAGAAGGAGGAACUGCGGUUAAUAAUGUUAAAACGUGUACUUUAUGCAAUGUGGUGUGUAAUAGCGAGAUAGUUUUCAAUUUGCACCUUAUUGGCCAGAAACAUGCUGCUAUGGUGAAGAAAGCAGGAUCAAGCACUGGUUGAGAGAGAAUGCAGCAUGCAAUUUAUCAUUGUUCAAUGGUUAAGUUUCAACAUUUUUAUUGAAUACAUUUGUAUAGCUUUUUAUUUGUAUCAGAGGAACUCAUUGGAGGUUGUGUUUUGGGAUAUAAAUAAUUGAUAAGUUCCAUGAUGCAUUGAGGCUUAUGGACUGAAUUUAAUUUUAAUAAACUCUU